ACUCUGCGAGACUCUGCUGAACUGGCUGCAUCAGGGAGAAAUUUCGUCUCCCAGAAGGGUGCUGCUCAUCAUUUCUUCCGGAAACAUCUGCAGAGACUAGAUUUUCAGGCUAAGGUAUCCUCCAUGAUGUUACCAUUACAAGGUGCCCAGAUGCUGCAGAUGCUGGAGAAAUCCUUGAGGAAGAGCCUCCCAGCAUCCUUAAAGGUUUAUGGAACUGUCUUUCACAUAAACCAUGGAAAUCCGUUCAAUCUGAAGGCUCUGGUGGACAAGUGGCCUGAUUUUAAUACAGUGGUUGUCUGCCCUCAGGAGCAGGAUAUGACAGAUGACCUUGAUCACUAUACCAAUACUUACCAAAUCUACUCCAAAGAUCCCCAAAACUGUCAGGAAUUCCUUGGAUCACCAGAUCUCAUCAAUUGGAAACAGCAUUUACAGAUUCAAAGUUCACAGCCUAGCCUGAAUGAGGCUAUACAAAAUCUUGCAGCCAUUAAGUCCUUCAAAGUCAAACAAACACAACGCAUUCUCUAUAUGGCAUCUGAAACAGCCAAGGAACUGGCUCCUUUCCUGCUGGAAUCAAGGACUUUAUCUCCCAGUGGUGGCAAACCCAAGGCCAUCAACCAAGAGAUGUUUAAACUCUCAUCCAUGGAUGUUACCCAUGCUCACUUGGUGAAUAAAUUCUGGCAUUUUGGUGGUAAUGAGAGGAGCCAGAGAUUCAUUGAGCGCUGCAUUCAGAACUUUCCCGCCUGCUGUCUCCUGGGGCCUGAGGGGACCCCUGUGUGCUGGGAUCUAAUGGACCAGACUGGAGAGAUGAGAAUGGCAGGCACCCUGCCUGAAUACCGGCUCCAUGGCCUUGUGACGUAUGUCAUCUAUUCCCACGCCCAGAAAUUGGGCAAACUUGGCUUUCCUGUCUAUUCUCAUGUAGACUACAGCAAUGAAGCUAUGCAAAAAAUGAGUUACACACUGCAACACAUUCCCAUUCCCAGAAGCUGGAACCAGUGGAACUGUGUGCCUCUGUGAUGCCAAUCCUGAACAUAAGACAGUUUUGGGCAGGUCUGGGCAUAUAAUUUGAGGAGUGGAUGGUGGAUGAAAAGAAAUAAUAAAUUGUAAUCUGCAGUAAAGGAGUAGGCACUGUUUGGGCUCUGGGGAAGCAGUGUGAUGUUCAACAGCAUCGCCAUGGUCCCUGCAUUCACAGGUUUCUCAGUGGGAAGCAGGCCCAGGUCCUCUUACAUUUGACAUAUGCAAUUUAGCUCCCCACAUUUCCAGGACAUCUAUGACACUUCAUAAGAUACAUAUUGCUCCAAAUUACUUAUCCUGGAAUCCCUAGUUCCUCAGUUGCAAGACCCUUGCCAGUUUUUCUGGGAGCUGGGAAGAGGUGAAUAAUAUUUUCUGGCACUAUGACUUAUUUCUUUCCCUUUUUACAGCCUUUCCCUUAUGAUCAACAGGUGGACUCUCCUCAAUAGGUCUUUAGAGAUUAUCCUCUCCUGUUAUUGCUACUUUAUAGGUACAUUAAAUAUACUAGACACAAAUAUAUAUGGGAUAUUAGGCUAAAUACAGUAUACAUGAUAUAGCAGAGAAUGUUACUAGAAGAAAUACCAACUGAUGAUAUCCUAUCCUCUCCAAGCUCCUAUUCCAGGAAAAAAGAUCCAGUGUUACUCCUAACGAUGAGCUUCCAAAACCCACCACAACUCCUAAAUAAUAAAGAAAGUUUUGUGUUUGACUGUAUACAAUUUUUAUUGUGUUUGUUCAAGCUAAGUGGUUCAUCAUGGUGAGAGCAUGAAAGGAAUGAGUGUAUGAAAAGGGGAAGGUGGAAGCACCUUGACCCAGGGAUGUGAUGGUUUAUUGAGGAGAGAUAGGUUUUGAAGGGAGAGGAGACAGCAUGAAUACCUGCUUGUCCAAUUAGCCUCAGCACAUUACUAAUCUUAAUUUGUUCCUGCUGUAACAAAAUACCUGAGACUGGGUAAUUUAUAAAUAACAGUCUGAACUUAUUUGUUUAUUUAAAAUAGUAAUAAAAUAAUUAAAAAUUUAUUUAUCACA